GAGAAUCUUUGCCCUUCCCAACUCACCUCUUAUUAUUUAUAAGUAAUGCCCAUUACUUGAUCCAACGCUCUCUUGUUUAUAUUUUUGACUAACUCAAGCUCUCUCGGUUUUGCUUUAAUUCAGCAUUAGUUAUAUGUGUGAUUUAUUAGCUUGCCUUAGAAAAAUUUCAAUGGGGAGAAAACCGUGCUGUGACAAAAUUGGAUUGAAGAGAGGUCCAUGGACUAUAGAAGAAGAUCAUAGACUCAUGAACUUCAUUCUUAACAAUGGCAUCCACUGCUGGAGAAUUGUCCCCAAACUCGCAGGUUUGUUGAGAUGCGGGAAGAGCUGUAGAUUGAGAUGGAUCAAUUAUUUGAGACCCGAUCUCAAGAGAGGUGGUUUCACUGAUGCUGAAGAAGAUCGGAUUAUGGAACUUCACUCUCAACUUGGCAACCGGUACGAUAAUCUGAAAAAUAAAACUUAUCCAUAUAUUUUCAUUAGCCGGCGUCAAACUAGCUUUUUCAUAUGAAAUCUCUCUCGAAUGUAACACCGUAUACUUUAUUUAGAUCCAAUAUGUUUGAGUCAUCUUCCUUUUAAGUCAUAUAAAUAUCUUUCUAAGACUUGUGAGAACUAUUUAUUUUACAUUGGUUACAAACCAUAUUUACACCAAAACUUAGAUAAUUGACGUAUAUACUUGUGCAUGGAAGUGGGUUAAAAAUUAAAAAUAAAAGUUUGACGUAUAUAGUACUUGUGCAUUGAAGUGGGUUAUUUCUGAGUGAAGAAUCGGCUACGAAAACAAAUUAUGUGGAGAUUUCUACAUACGAUAUUACUUUUUGUAUAUAUAACUUUCAUGCCAUAGAUUAUAUUUUUUUGGUUUAAUUCAUGAGACUUGUAAUAUAAAGUGUUAUAUAUUGAUAUAAUCAUGUUAUAUGCUAUACGCUUUAAUUUUGCUUUUUCAUGUUUUAUGGAUGCUUUGGACAUUGUAGGUGGUCUAAAAUUGCCUCGCAUUUCUCUGGUCGAACGGAUAACGAGAUCAAAAACCACUGGAAUACGAAGAUCAAGAAGAAGAUGAAACAUCUUGGGUUGGAUCCGGCUACGCACAAACCGAUGAAUGAUAUUACUCAUCAAACCGAUCCUAAUCAAGAUAAAAAACCAAAUAUGUGUUCUACCAUCAAUGAAGGAGAAGAGAUCAAGGAUCAAACUCCAAAAGAUGAUGUUAUCACAGAAACAACAAAAACAUUAAUGUUAUCUGAUAAUGAUGAGGAACUUGUGGCGAAAAACUGCAAAAUUCUAUGUGCAGAAGAAGUAGACUUGGAAUCUCUAUUUGAAACGCAAUGCAAUGAGAUAUCCUCUUCGUCUUUCUCUUCACUAUGUAGUAAUAUUUCAAGAAGUGAAUCUUCAUCAUAUCUUGCAGAAGAUUCGAUCUCUUUAGAGCAAUGGGACUUGGAUAUGACGGAUCCUUUUGUACCAUGGGACCUCUUCGCCAAUCUUGAUGAUAAUCUUUUCCUCUUAUGAUGAAUGUACUAUAACAUUGUAAUAUAAUAUAUCUAUAUAAUUAUCGCAAGUAAUUAGCAGUUUCUUUUAUGUAAAAUGUGGAUUAUGCAUGGCGUGUGAUGUUGUAUCAUAAUUUGCCCGUACAAUAUGUAUGCAUAUAUAUAAUGACUAAUUAAAAAGGAAUACAUAUAUGAUGAAAAUA